AUGGCCCAGGAGCGAAGUCUGGGAACGCUGGCCAUGGCGAAGCGGUUCGACAGCGACUCUUCUGAUGCUGAGAGCGCACGCCAGCCGUGGUAUCCCCCGCCCCCCACGGCGCCUGUCCGAGUAAAGAGAAAGGAAGUGCCACAGCCUCUGCAGCAUCUUCCUCCUUUGCCUCCAGUUCCGGUGUCACCGGGGCGUAUGAAUGAUAGUGGACCAAAGAGUCCUCUCGAGAGGGUCUGGUCGAAGCGCAAGACUCUGCUGGAACGGGUAGAGGGUUGGUGGGAUCUUGAUCUGUUCGAGAAGAGACAGACACUCUUCGGCGGUAAAAGGGUUCAGGGGUAA